GGUAUCUCAUUAACUCUACAGUAUUUUAUCGGUUAAGUUUGGUGUUAUAAAAUCGCUACGUAUUCUGGUAAUUGGUAUUUGUAAAAUGUUUUCAACACCAAUGUCAGAGCUUGAGAAGUUUUUCGUUGAGAUUGGUGACGGACGUUGCGUGGAAGUCGAAAAAGUAGUGAAACGCAUAAAUGUAAACACUGCAACUGAUCCAUACACUGGAUUGAAACCAUUAGCCUAUACCUUACAGUAUUCUACAAACCCUAUUAAGGUCCUUGAAAUUCUGAUCCGAAAUGGUGUCGAUCUAAAUCAACGAAACGACGAACCCCCUCUGAUUUAUUGCAUAAGACAAAAUAAAUUCGAUUUGGCCAAAUACUUGAUACAUAAAGGUGCAAAUGCAUGUCUGCCUGAUAAACAAGGUCAGACUCCAUUAUCUUGUGCAAUACGCAACAAAAACAUGGGAAUGAUUCAAUUUCUUCUAGAUAACGGCGCUGAUUUUACGAUUCACACAGCUUUAAUAACGGCAGUCGAUACAAGAAACGCCGAAAUGAUAAAAUUUUUGGUCGAAAAAGGCGCCAGUUUAAAAGUAACAGAUCAAAAUGGGUACACUCCAUUUCUAAAAUUAAUUCGCUUGAUGGAUUUUCCCAUGGUUAAAUAUUUAGUCGAACGAGGAGUUGACAUCAAUCAAAAGAGUAAAGAUAAUCAAACUGCUUUGUCGAUUAGCUUAUCAAAUCAAGAUUUUCGCAUGUUUGAUUUUUUAAUUAAAUCUGGAGCUGAUCUAAAUUUAGCGUCUAAAGAGAUCGACGAGAUGGUGAAGAAAAACAAAGAUUUGGAAAUUUACAUGGAAAAUUUAACAACAGCACGUAGCAUCAGUGUCGGCGAAGAGAAAAAGAAGGGAACAGGUACGACCAAAGUGGCCACAAAAGAAGUUAAUUCUCAUGGUACCCCCGUUAAGCUACUACAUCAGUUCAGCAGGCUUGAAACAAAAUUCACAGGUCACGAAGAGGCGCCAGAAAAAUAACUAUUCCUGAAUAUGUACAAGAAGAUAACUUUAUGAGGGAAAAUUAUUAUUAAUUUUCAUAAUGCGCUUAUUUCUACAAAAGCACAUCACUUUAAACACAAAAAUUUGACAAAUAUAAUGUGCACUAGGUUACUAAUUUAAGCAAUUAAAUAAUUUAAUACACUA